UGAAGAUAAAACUUUUCUGAUACUUUUUUUAUAAUGUUAAUGCGAAUAUUAAGUUUAUCGCUUCGAAAAAUAGUACUUCCUACAUAUUCAUUGAAUUCUUCUAGAUGUUUUCCUCUGCAACUAUGUGUUCGACCAAUUUCGACAAGCAUUCCUUUGUUAAAUGGCCCGCGAACCAUGAAGGAAGAACGUUAUCGCAAAAAAGAUAAAGUUCCGGAAGAAUACCGAAUCAUCUACCGAGCACCCAUGGAGUACUAUCUAUCCGCGUGUAACUUUGUAACGUCAUUCAGUUUUGCUGCUAUUUCUGGAAUAACUGCUUAUGGAUAUCUGCACAAUUAUCACACUAUGUCCGUUCCUUUUGAGUUGGAUUACGGAUCGUUAACGGCUAAUGAGAAUGAUUUGCUGAUAUUUUUGGGUUUCUUCUUCAUUGCAAACAUUGCCAUUCGCAUAAUGGUUAACCGUUACGUGUUGCGCGUAUAUCGUAGUGAUGAAGAUUACAUCGCAAUUUUCGAAGGGCACUUACCAUUCACUCGAAAGCAGUUCAGUUUCAAGAAAGGAAGUGUUGAAUCAGUACCAGAAGGUGGAAUCGUACCAUGGCAGGAUGCUCGGUAUAUGAUUAAUGAAAAACCCGUUCUAUUAUUGGAUAGCUAUUUUCGAACUCCAUCAGAGUUGUUUAAUAUGUUAAAAAAAGGUCCUCAGUGAAUGUUUGUGAAUAGGCAUAUUUAGUGUGAUUUGAGUACAUAGUUUUUCACAUACA